GGCAUGUCUGGCCGUCAGGGUGGGGCCAAACUGCUGCUGUACCUGGGGCUGUGCCACCUGGGCCUGGGGGCCAUGGUCCUGGCCUUCUCCUUCACCAGCAUGGCCUUCACAUCCUCAGCCCGCGUCCGACAGUCCUGCCCCUUCUGGGCCGGCUUCUUUGUUGUGGCAUCAGGGUUAGUUGGACUUAUCUCAUGGAGAAGACCACUCACUCUGGUGGUGUCCCUCUUCAUGCUGCUGUCUGCUGUGUGUGUCAUCCUUAGUCUGGCUGGAUCCAUGCUCUCCUGUCAGAAUGCACAGAUGGUCAAGUCACUCCUCACCUGCCAGGUGGAGAAUGGGUUGUGUGUGUGUUGCGCCCAACACACUCCUGCUCUAUAA